AUGCCGGCGGUGCCUACACCGCUGGCCGGGGGCGGCCACGAUGUUAUUAUGCAUGAAGACACGGUGACCGGACAAAGGCGACCCCCGACCGAGACCUCCUCGCCAAACCCUAAGGGCAAACGAGAGGCGCAGCAGUCCAAGAAAAGGGUGAAACAAACGGUUCCGAUACCAGGUGAAUCCAGUCAGGCAGGGGGAUCGGCGGAGAAGGUUGGAGCUGAUAGGCAACAAACGAUACCCCCGGCCGGUACCAAAACCCCGGCAUGGGGGGAUGGGAAAGGGGCGGCGAGACGGCUUUUCAGCGAGGCGCCUCGGUCUGAGAUGUGGUACAUUGCAGAUUCGGACUCUGAAGAUGUGAUGGCCAGCAUACGUGAGGAUGGUUUGGAGCAUGAUGGCGAAGGCGAGGGUGAUCCUAAGUGCCCGGCUAUUCAUUACACCGCGGCGGAAGAGAGAAUGUUCUGUCGUCAAUGGAGAUCAGCCCUUGUGGUGAAGGCGCUAGGGCGAACAGUCUCAUACACGAUGAUGCUGAAGCGUUUGCAGAGCAUUUGGGAGAAGGCGGGAUCGAUUCAAGUAACGUCGGUUAAAAAAGGCUACUUCCUCGUUCGUUUCACGAGUGGGAUAGACUAUGAGAGAGCUUUAACAGGUGGACCGUGGCUAGUGGGUGAUAACUACUUAACCGUACACCCAUGGACGAAGGACUUUAAUCCAUACGAACAUGAGAUUUCGUCGACCCUUGUUUGGGCUAGACUGUUGGAGCUGCCGAUCCACUAUUUCCACCCGGUGGCGGUAAUGAGGAUUGGAGAACGUAUAGGGAAACCCAUGCGGGUAGACCAUGCAACACUGUCGGGGGCGCGAAGCGACUACGCCCGAGUUUGCGUCCAAGUUGAUUUAACUCGACCUUUGUUAUCCCAAUUUACUAUCCACGGGAAGAAGUACUUCAUUCAAUAUGAGGGGCUUGACAAAAUAUGUUUGCAGUGUGGUACGUAUUUCGAGUGCAUUCGGUGCUCUUGCAUGGGGAGGAAUGAGGAAAUGGAGGUGGAGGAACCCGCUGCUACCCCUACAAGGACUGAGCCUAAGCAACCAGAUACAGUGUAUGGGGAGUGGAUGAUCGCUAAGAAGAAGCGAGGUCUCGCAGGCCGACCUCAGAGCCGGAAAGGGGACGCCAAGAAAAGCGGAGAGAUCAGGUACAAGAGAGGGAAAGACAAAAUGGGUCUCGAUUUAAUGUACAGGAGGUGGAAGAGAUAG